AUGGAUCCUACUAGCACUCCGGUAACUUUGUAUAAUGACAAUUCCACGUCAAAUCCCACCAUUUUUCCAAGAUCUGGAUAUAACAUUUUGGCAUUUGUGAUGUUUCUAAAUGCUGUGUUUUCAAUAUUUAACAACACGUUAGUAAUUCUAGUGACUUUAAAAUAUCCUCAGCUUCGGAAUCCUAUGAAUAUUUUUAUCUUAAAUAUGUCAUUUUCAGAUUUGAUGAUGACACUUUGUGGCACUACAGUUGUGGUUAGUACCAACUAUCAUGGAUAUUUCUACCUGGGUGAAAACUUCUGCACUUUUCAGGGAUUUGCUGUAAAUUAUUUUGGUAAGUUACAACUGUAUCAUUUUAUUGCUUUAUUCAUUUUAAAUAUUAUAGGUUUAUGCCAAAAUGGAAUAGAUUUUAAUAACACUCUGGAUUUUAAGUAACUCUUCUCUGGGUGGCUUUAGUUGAUAUGAGUUUAAAGUCACUACAAUUUGUUGUUUAGUGAAUCCUGUCUUUUUAAUUUUCACUCCUUAUACUAACAUAGUGAUUCAGUUAUUAUUAUUAUUAUUAUUAUUAUUACCUAAUACUUGUGCUGCUAUGGGAAGCAUUUGUAGUAGUAUGACUGCAGAGUUGGGAAAAGUAAAAUAAAAAUAUCACAUUCCAUUUGCCAAUAUUCCUUAUCAGAUAUUUUGUGCAUGACACCAGAAUAUUUUAAAAGGUUAAACUAAAAUGUAAUAUUUCUGCUUAAAAAUAACUUUAUGAUAUAUGAGUCAAGUUGUUAUGCUGUACAAAAUGCACUUUACACUGUUUGCACAGUACCUUCACCCUUUCAGAACCAGAGUUUGGCAAAUCUCUUGUUAUCUGGGCAGUCCUAUCGUGUCAUUGAUCCAGUAGGGGUUAAUUCAAAGUUAAAUCAUUAUGUCCUUUUUUACAUAGCAACAGAGGUUAUAAGCCUGAAAUAAAAUGUAAUGCAUCAAUUAGAUGUUUAGAUAUUCAUAUUUCUACUAUUGCCAGUUACUUAAAACUAAGUUUUGUACUGAAAAACAGCAGAAAAAUAAUCUCCAUUCUGUUCAUCAAAACAAUUAUUCUCGGUGGACUAUUUACACAGAGUUGGGAGUUGUGGCUAUCCGACCACCAGUUCUGAAAAACUGAGCUAGAGAAGUUAAGUUUGCAGAACUCUUUAACUUGGCAAACUCAGUGAUUAUUGAGUAACUGUGCAAUGGUUAGUGAACGGAUCCAAUAGUUUAGGAUAAUCAAUUUAUUGUUUAUUAAAUUGACCGCCAUGGUUUUGAAGUCAGCUCAUUCGGUACUAAGGUACAGCUACAAGUGUACUAAAUUAUCAAAAAAAAUGUAUCCAUAUUUCUUAUGUAAACAUAUUUUCUCCUAAGACAUGCUUUAGAACUCUUUUCCCAAAACAUCUGACUUAAUAUAUUAUUUUUUCUUUGUUGCAGGAAUAGUUUCGCUGUGGUCUCUGACCGUCCUGGCAUAUGAGAGAUAUAACGUAGUGUGUCAACCAAUAGGAGCAUUGAAGCUAAGCACCAUAAGAGGUUAUCGUGGACUGGCAUUUAUCUGGCUCUUCUGUCUUAUUUGGGCCAUUGCCCCAUUGUUUGGCUGGAGCUCUUAUGCUCCAGAAGGUGUCCAGACCUCUUGUUCCAUCGGCUGGGAAGUAAGAUCCUGGAACAACUACAGCUACUCAAUCACCCUAUUUAUCACAAGUUUUAUCAUUCCUGUAGGUAUUAUAGGAAUGUCAUAUGGAAGCAUUAUCCUCUCUUUGUACAAGGUAUGUUUCACACUGUGUAAAAUAAACUUCAUGUCUUUUUGUUAAAAUAAUUAUUUUACAAAAAUAAAUAAAAUUUCACAUUGAGAGAGUUUCUAUCCUAGUGCAUAUCAAAAAUAAAUAAAAAUAAAUUAAUGAACAAAACGCAACCAUUUUAAGUAGAUCAAGGAUGCUCAAAAGGUAUGUGAUGAGACCAAUCUCGCCACUGUGCAUUGGAGGAGCCUGGUUGCCUGCCUGCUGCCAUUUGACUAUGGACCGGCAUUUAAAUACUUUAUUUUCCUAUGCAGAAAGGUCUUUUCAUGUUUUCUGCCCUGGCGUUCGGUAGAUUCUCGGAUUUACUGAAUGAACUCAUUUAACCCAGAUAGCUAUGCCAUGAAGUCUAAUAAAAGACUUUGGCUCCAUGGCAAUUGAACUGUAUGUGUGUGUGGUCUCAGCGCCAUUCAGUAUUAAUGUGUGCUCAGCCCUAAGCUAUCUGGGCAUAUGUUGCAUAUUUUUUUUUUUUCAUAAAUGUAACCAUGUGUAUUUUAUUGUAUUUUACUGUCUUUUUACUGCCAUGUGCUUAAUGGAGUUUUGCCUCUGUCCUUGGAGAUAAUUGGAUUAAUUCCCAAUUAUCUACAGGAUAGAAGACUAUGUGGAACUGGUUUUGGGCAGAAAAGCCAUGCUUCCUUUGGUCACAAAGGACUUCGAUCUAUCUUUUGAACCAAUGGACCAAUUUGGAUGAUUUUGUUAUGUUUGUAUUUGGAGUAUGUUGAUUCUGAAAAUGUUUUAUGUGAAUGUGAUGCAUACUUUUAAAGUUAUGAAUAAUGUGGAAAAACUGUAUUUCUCUGCCUGUGAUAAUUACAUUACCCAUUGUGUAAGGUAAUUCUAUCACAGGCAGAGGGGAGGAUUUUGUGUGGGAGUGUCUGAGUGUAUUGUACGUGUUUAUUGGUUGUUUUCCAAAAUCCUGUGGGUGGUACUAAUGUGUAAGAAUGUGUAUAUAAGAACAAUAAGCCUACAGCUCUGUCUGUUCCUGCUUGACCCUCAAAACGGAGCCUUGUCUCGUUCUUGGGGGGAUUUAUUGUCUGCUGUUCCAGUUUCAACUCCUGGGAGUGUAAACCUAUUCGUAUGGUUUUUCCUGUUCGGCUGUUUACAGCAUUCGUAUGUUUGAGAGCAUUCAUAUGCUUCUUCGGUUCGGUGUAUUGGUGUCUACAAUAGCUGUGCCUGUGUCUCUGGAAGGGAAGAUCUACUAAAUGACGGUUUAACCCUUUUAUGCCUGGGGGUGCCAUUACAAGGUAGAUCCCCAGAUGUUGUAGAACUACAGCCCCCAUGAUGCUUUGCAUGCCUUUAUAAUUACAAAGCAUCAUGGAAGAUGUAGUUUUAAAAUAUCUGGGGAAUCUACCUUUUGCGCAUCCCUGAAGAAGACCGUUUUGUAUAUGCUUUUAUUUUUUUAAGUGUUGAUGAAUAUGUUUGUGCAUUGUACAUUAAAUUCUAGUUGUAUAUGAAUAUGACAUUUCAAAUAUUACCUAAAUCACCAGAGAGAACUUUGGCAGAUAAGCUAUGGAUUGCCACCUUUGCAAUUGAAUUAAUUUUUCUAUAUGAGUCAGAAAAUCCCUGUGCCCUACUUUAUCAACUCUCUUUACAUCAUUCCAUAAAGCCAGCUUCAAAACAACGUACGACACAAUUAUUAUAUAUUUCUUUAUUUUUUUAGGAGCGUAGGGGUGGGUUGUUGUCAUUUCUUUUUCACUUGUCUACUCACUACUUUGCAACGAGACCUAACCUAGCUUUUUUUCUGCAGGUAUCUCCUCUCUUCCUUACGAACCCACGAGUGUACUUAACUGCCUGUUUCAAAUUCAAGAAGUGUCCAAAUAUUUAAUCUUAUUUUCUACAUUUUAUUUCACACUCCAGAUGUUUUCUGUAGGUUUUGAUGCUAAACAGCUAGUCAAGGAUUUAAAUCAUCUUUUAUUCACGCCAUAAAAAAUUGUCUUUAUAAAUUAUAUAACUUUCCUCACUUUAGAUGGAUUAAUCUUCAGAAUACGUACAAUUAGAAUGUAACCACCUGCUAUGCAAUAGAUUGGAUACAUAAUGCUUAAAUACACUAUUGCAGGGGUCCUCAAACUCUGGCCCCCCAGGUGUUGCUGAACUACAACUCCCAUGAUUCUUUGAAUUACAUAGAUAGCCAGAGAAUCAUGGGAGUUAUAGUUCAGCAACAUCUGGGGGGCCGGAGUUUGAGGACCCCUGCACUAUUGGAUCUGGGUUUGUUCACAUAUAACCUUAUAAAAUCCUUAUUUUGUGUUAUUUAUACACUAUCUCACUAUAUCACUAUCACUAUCUCAAGCAAUAACAGAGGAUCCCUUGAUAUUUACGAUGCAUAUACUACAGCAUAAAUAUUGCUUGAUAUAGAUUAAGACCUUAUAAUUGUGAGGUCAUACAGUAAAUCAGAUAUGUGAUUAAAAUGCAAAUUAGCAAGUGAUGCAACAGUCCUGUGCAUGCAAGGCAAGAGAGGGCUACAAACAAUUAGAAUGGCUAGAAAUGUGGUCACGAGAUUCAGAACAAGUCAAUGUACAAAAUAAGGAAAUGAGUACACAAGAAAAAAAUAUGUAUUUCUUGUAAUAUUUUAGCCUAAAUCUAUUCUUGGUUCACAAUCACUGCUUCUUGAAAAGAUCCCUCUAUAAAACUCAGAAAUUACUUCUUGUUUGUGUUUUUGUUUUUAUUUCUCUUCUCAAAUAGCUGAACCGGAAAAUUGAAGAACAAGGAGGAAAGACCAAUCGUGAAGAAGAAAUACGAGUUGCUGUCAUGGUCCUUUUAAUGGUGGUUGCCUUCCUUGUGUGCUGGCUACCGUACACCAUCUUCGCAAUGAUUGUGGUUAUUAAUCCAACACUUUAUAUUUCACCUCUUCUUGCAACUCUUCCUACGUAUUUUGCCAAGACCAGUCCCAUCUACAAUCCAAUCAUCUACAUAUUUCUUAACAAAGAGGUAUAUUUACUGCUAAUUUUACUGAGAACAAUAUACUGUGUUUAGGUGUAAACACAGCACAACAACAAUUGUCUGUAUUCUGGAAGUAAUUGUUAGUCAUCCAACUUUCAGGGGCAUUUUCCAGAAGUCAAACAGUGCUAUCUUUAGAAAUUAUUGCUUGAAGUAGAGUCCCCCCCAAUAAUUUAUAUGUACGGUUGGGGGGUGUAAUUUUUAAGGUUUUUGCUUUUAAUCAAUGUAUACCUCAGAAAAGGCACAAUACAUUAAAAUGUAAAGCAAAGAUUUGCUAAUGUAGUCAAUUCCAAUUAGCUGGGAGUACAAAAACACACAUUGUCAUAGUGGUCUGAAGCUGUACCAAAUACUUUUAAAGAUGAAAUCUAACUAAAUGGGUCCUACUGCAUACAUUGUGGCUCACAAACAUUGGCACAGGAUUUACUUGAGAUAUUCACAAAACUUAACACACCAGACACACACCAUUAAUGAGAUUGCCUAAUUCAAAGCUGUGUUGGGCUGACUUACAGCUGCACAGAUUUUUACUAAUUGUGGCGAGUUCUUGCAGCAUACUCUCUGCGGCAUAUAUUUUGCUAUCAUGCAAAGCUGUUUUUGUAUUUAGGCUGACACUUUGAUGACGAGUGCACAUAUACGAACAAGCAACUAUUUUUGGUGGUACAGUAGAAGGAUUCAUCUUCAAAAAAUUUAGAGUUUCAGUACAAUGUGUGGAGCUCUUAUUUAAUUAACACCAGUGAAUGUAAUAUGUGUUACAAAUAAUACCUUUUGAGUGAAUAGGAACGUUGAAUUGUAGAUAAUAGUAUAUACCCUUUAAAAAAUAAAAUAAACAUAAAAACGUAAUAGACUAAAAAAUCUUAAUUAAGUAACAUUUGAACACAUACAUGGACUAGAGCUAAGAACCUAGCUCCUACAUCCUAGGAUACGGGUGGCAUGGUCCUUUCGACUCUCAACUUGUGAGUACAUAUACUUACAUAUAUAUUUAUUCUAUCAUUUGCACUAGUACCCUAUGUGCAUAUCACUUCCUUUGAUAUAUAAGAAGAAGAGGAUUUAAUUUACCUGGUUUACACAGUUACCAAGAAGGGAGGGGUCGCCUGUAUGGAUCCAAACAUCUAUUAUACCAGAGCUAGGUUCUUAGCUCUAGUCCAUGUGAGUGUUCAAUUGUUAUUUAAUUAAGAAUUUUUGGUCUACUACGUGGUUAAACCAUGUUGAUUAUUUAAUGUUUUAAGGUAUACCCUGCUACCUAAAAAUCCAACAUACCUAUUCACUCAAAAGGUAUUAUUUGUAACACAUAUUACGUCCACUGGUGUUAAUUAAAUAAGAGCUCCACUGAUUUUCUUGUUGUCAUUAUUGAGUUUAUUGGUGUAUCUCGGAGGAUUAUAAAUCACCAUGUGGAAGCUGCUAUAAUUGUAUGUUUUUUACACUCCAAAUAAUUUUAAAGGUAUCAUUUUAACACUUGUACACUUCAACACUUUAUUAUAUCAGUACAAUGUGUACCUGAUCAUGUAGAAAUAUAUUUGCUUUAUAAUAUAUUUCUAUAUAUUUGUUUUAAAAUAGUCACAUGAAAAUGCUGAAAAGUAUAAAGCAAAACUCCCUGGCUUCAAAAUGGCCUUUUUAAUGAAUUUAGGAGAACCGAUUAAUGGAUUUCAGAAAUACCAUGGAAUCAUUGUGGCAGGUCAAUAUGAAUGUUGAUUUAAAUUGAUACUUGGUCAUAGGGCUUGGGUGAUAGUGUCUAUUAAUGAUGAGUACAUUUUAGAUUCAGUACUGCCAGUCAUUUAAUAUAAUGUUUCUAAGUUAUUAUUACAUUUGUUCAAUACAUAUUGUUUUCUUUGUAGUUCCGAAACUGUGCUGUUAUGUUUCUAACCUGUGGCCACAUAAGCCUGUCCACACCAGAAGAGGAGACUGCAUCUGUUGAAAUACAAAUUAUCUCCAAACAAAAUCAAGUUGCUCCGGCAGAGUGA